CUGAGGUGCUGAGUACAGUGGAACUCUGAUUUCUCACUGCUAAUUUACUGCAUCAUAUCGGGGAACUGAUUUAGACCUGUGACACCAGGUGGGUGCAAUCCAUCAUCAGAUAUAACAGAAAACCAAUAGCAGUCUGGCCCUUGUAGUGUAAGAUUUGAAUAACCCUGCUGUAAUUGUGGUCCUAGGCAGACGGGUUGCUUUCCACAUUAACAAUGUUCCAGUGCUGUUGUUGUAGAGACAAUAGUGUUAUUUACAAAGCAGAGGUGUUCACUGGAGAAAUGCUGUACGCCGGCACAAUGAACAGUAUCUAUAUACAACUCCGUGGCACAAUGGAUUCAAGCCAUCGCAUCUGCCUCCCAAAAAGUAGAUUCAUUGGGGGCCACCCCCGAGGGGCUGUGAUUGAGCUUGAUGUGCCCUGUCCCUCCUCCCUGGGCCAUCUGGAGUUUGUGGUGCUGGAAUCAGAGCCAUACCUCCCAUUCUGCUUCCUCAACAAUGACUGGUUCUGCUCUAAAGUAGUGGUGACCACACCAGAGGGAGACACGGCCAACUUCCCCUGUUACCACUGGAUCUCAGGCUAUGAGCGUCUGGUGUUCAGGGAGGCCACUGGUAAACUGAUAUUCAAUGAGACCUGGCCAGAGGCCAUAGAAGAGAGAAAGAAGGAGCUGCAGAGUCGGCAAAAGGUGUACCGUUGGAGUAUAUAUGCCGAGGGUGUACCUGAAAUAAUGAAAGUUGACAGCGCUUCUGAUCUCCCUGCUGAGGUCCGCUUCUCUUUCACCAAGGACUUUGAGUUCAACUUCACAGCAGUCGAAGCAUUGGUGUCACUGAAACUAGAAACCCAUUCCACCAACAAGAAACAAUGGAAGAGCCUAGAUGAACUCAGUCACAUUUUCAAUAAACACAAGACUGACGUCUAUGAAUAUGUCGAAAAGAACUGGAAGGAGGACGAGUUUUUCGGGUACCAGCUUCUGAACGGCCUCAACCCCAUGAUGAUCCAUCGCUGCUCCAAGCUUCCAGAGAACUUCCCCGUCACAGAACACAUGGUGAAGGCUUCCCUUUUUGGAAAAAAUCUUGAAGCAGAAAUUCAGAAAGGCAACAUCUUCCUGGUUGACUACAAGCGUCUACAUGGAGUGACAGCAAACGUGAUCCACGGGAAACAGCACUUCUUGGCUGCCCCACUCUGCUUGCUCUAUGUGACCCCAGAAGAGAAGCUCAUUCCCAUCGCAAUCCAGCUGAAGCAGGAUCCUGGAGAAGACAACCCCAUCUUCCUUCCUACUGACUCUGAGUAUGACUGGCUCCUGGCCAAGAUCUUUGUGAGGAACGCCGACUUCGCCGAACACGAGCUGAACUUUCACCUGCUGAGGACUCACUUGCUGGCUGAGGUGUUUGCCGUGUCGACACUGCGCAACCUACCAAUGGUGCAUCCUCUCUACAAGAUCAACACUCUGGCUAGACAGACCCUCGUAUCAGAGAAUGGGGUGAUCACAGAGAAUGCAAGCGUAGGAGGUCCAGGGAUGAUGGAGUUCCUGAAGAAAGCGGUGGCCUCAUUGACCUACAGCUCCCUCUGUAUGCCGGAGGACAUCAUUGCACGCGGUCUGGAGUCAAUCCCCAACUUCUUCUACAGGGAAGAUGGACUCAAGCUGUGGGACAUCGUUCACAGGUUUGUUCAGAAAAUGAUUGGUCACUACUACACCUGUGACUCAGACGUCCAGAAGGACUGUGAACUGCAGAACUGGAUCAAGGAUAUCUUCUUCCAUGGUUUCCUGGCAGAAACCAGCACAGGAAUCCCUCAGUCUUUCAGUUCAGUGACAGAGCUGGUCAAGUUUCUCACCAUGGUGAUUUUCACAGUGUCUGUCCAACAUGCUGCAGUCAGCAAUGGACAGUUUGAUUUUGGGGGCUGGAUGCCCAACUUCCCCAUCUCCCUGCAACAGCCACCUCCCACCACUAAGGGGCAGUGUACUGAGAGCACCAUGCUGAAGACCUUCCCUGACAUCAAUACCACCGUCCAUGGCAUGGCAGUUUUGUACCUUCUGAGCACGCAGUCCACUGACUAUGUUGCUCUUGGAAAUGGCUAUCAGGAUCACUUCAGCGAGAAGACCCCUCUGAAACUGAUUCACGAAACUCAAGAUGUGAUGAAGAAAUGCAACUUUGAAAUCCAAGGCAGGAAUGUCUCUUUGCCCCUGUCAUAUACCUACCUGAAUCCCAACAAUGUGGAGAACAGUGUGGCCCUGUAAAAUGAGUCGGGGGUCGUAUUUAUUAGGCACCAAAUGGAAGAAAUGCACAGAUACAGGGAGAGACUACCUGGACUUCUCCAAUAAGAACCACUUGUUUUCAUUUUCCAUUGAAGGAUGUUUUACAACCUUUUUCUACGGUGUGCCCUAAUAAAUGCAACCUAGAUAAUUGACUUUGGUUCAAUUGUUAGAUACAUGUUGCACUUGAACUAGAACUUGAACUGAAACAAAAAUAUUAUAAAUAAUAUUUUACUUAACCCUUCUAUUAUGUUAGAAAAGACUAUACACGAUUGAUGUUCUGGGCCAAUUUGGAAAUUACAGUAAGUACAGUUUCCCUUAUCAAAAUGUGGCUGCGGAUCUGACAUUUCCCAGACCUUUUCUUCUAAAAACAAUGUAGUUCACAUUUGUCACUGUCAAUCAAGAAUGAUAAUUCUUCAAGUUUUACCGGUGAAACGUCCAUGCUGUAUCUGCAUACCAACCAUUUAAUCUCAAUCAGUUUGAUCUUCUUGAGUUAUACAGUGUUUCAAACUAUCCUACAGUGUUGUUUUGAAUGAUGUACAUUGUGUGAAUUGUGGAGCAGAUAGUGUUAACAAAGUGUAGCAUAGCCUACCUGUGUAUUUUGCCUAGUGGACCUAUUAAGUUUUGGCCACAUGAGAGAAAAAUGCACUGGUGCUUUUGUCUUACAGUAAUACUAUACUUACAGUAAUACUAUGCUAUUAUAGUCGGUUCAUUAUGUGAUCUUGCAGACACUGAUUCAGCUUUGAUCCAUCUUUAUUAAACAGCACCAUUUGCCAGAGCAGCCUGUUCUCUAAGAGCAGAGCAAGGACUGUGAUAAAGUAGAGAAUAAACACACGCACAGAAUGUGAUGAGCAGAAGCUUCAGGAUCUUUGGUCCGGAGAAUAAAAGUUCAGGGAAAAGUCAGAUCGUCAUCAACUCCGUUUUAUUUAACCUUUACUCCACUUCAAAUAAAUGUUGCUCAGCCUCUGUGCAGGAAGCAGCUUGUUUCUAGGACACACCAUUCAAGAGUUAUAAAGGUCAAAGUGCGGGUCAAAUUUA